AUGGCAUCACGUGGACCACAAGAAAUUGGAUCAUGCUUGUUACAUUUCAUAAAAAACUAUGUACAUACAGAACAACUUAUUAUGUUUAGUGAUCAAUGCGGAGGACAAAACCGGAAUAUAAAAAUGGCCUUAAUUUGCAAUUUUGUAGUUGGCUCAAAUGACUAUUUACCCACUGAAAUACAUCAUAAGUUUCUAGUUUCAGGACACUCUUACUUAGCCUGUGAUAGGGAUUUUGGAGUGAUUGAAAAAGAAAAAAGGUAUCACUCUGAAAUAUUUAUGUACCAAAUGACUGGAUAA